AUGUUUGGGAAAUCCUACAUGCUUCUUCCUCAGAAAGACCCGAACGCAUCGCGGUCUCCUGGACUAUAUGUAUCCGCCGACACCUUUUCACAAAGAGGCUACCAUAAAGGACUUUCCUUUGAUUACAUCCCAAAUGUUUCUGAAAACCAUUUCAAUGAUAGCUCCCAGGGAUGGGUGUCAUGGGUUUGUAAUAUAAUUGUCACCUUCCUCGUCUACAUAUUCACUUUUAUAAGCUUUCCAAUAACUGGAUGGUUUGUAUUAAAAACUGUACCAAACUACCAGAGGAUAGUUGUGUUUCGCUUGGGCCGUAUCUGUCCUCCAAAAGGUCCUGGCAUUGUCCUAGUGCUGCCCCUCAUUGACCAGUGGCAGCGGGUUGACCUGCGCACACGUGCUUUCAAUAUACCUCCCUGUCAGGUACAUACCAGGGAUGGUGGCCUCUUUGCUGUGGGAGCAGACAUUCAAUUCAGGAUCUGGAAUCCUGUUUUAUCAGUGGUGUCAGUCCAGGACCUAAAUGCUUCAACCAGAAUGACAGCGCAGAAUGCUUUAACUCACAGCCUUUCUAAGAAGACGGUCAAAGAAAUCCAAACAGAGAGAGUGAAACUGGGAGAAUAUCUUGGCAUAGACAUAAAUGAGAUGACUCGGCCUUGGGGGCUAGAAAUAGACAGGGUAGAACUCACCCCAGGUUCUCUUCUCAAAGCCCCGGAGGAAGGACACCGAGGGCCUCUCGUUCCUCCCUCUUUACCCGGACUAGAGGGCCUCGCAGGCCCCCUUCAGCAGUUGGCCAUGCACUUUAUGAGCCAAAGCUUGCAGCCUCAGCAAGAAAGCACUGUAACAUUUGUAGAUGAGAAGAGUGGCAUCCAUGAGAUGGCCACAAUCAAUUCUAUUGAAGAGCUCCUACACGCUAUCCAGUUGGUUCUAUCUGAAACUUUGGUGAAACAUGUCGGCGCCUGCUUCCAAUUUGAAAUAAGCUCUGGAGAGGGACAACAACAGACUUACUAUGUGGAUUUAAGUCAAGGUCAUGGGUCUGCUGGAUCUGGAUCACUGUGCAGCCAGCCAGAUGUAACGCUGAAAAUGUGCGACGAUGACCUUCUGGCCAUGUUUCAGGGAAGACUGCAGCCAUUUGCGGCCUACAGCAGUGGGAGACUUCAAAUUCUGGGGGAUAUUCAGACUGCUAUGAAGUUGGAGGAGCUCAUUAAGCUGCUUAGAAAAUAA